UUUUCACAAUGUCUUUACUUCUGCCAAGAGUACAAUACCUUUGCGAUAUUACCAGUGACAAUCAAUAGUAUCUCAACAUCUCUGUACUCAACUCGUAACGUUCACCAUCGAUUGAUUUUUUAUUUCAGUGUCAUUCAUUUCAAAUAAAAUGACGAGUCAAAUUCAAACAAGUACUCCAAUUAAUCUCCCCAGAAUGGGAAAUAAUUCAAAAAGACAUUCAUGGCUGAAUCAGGAUGUCACGCAACAACUCUAUCGCAACAGUUGGAAUAAAUUCAAAACUCCUGAAAAGGCGUCGUCCCCUUGGGAUGCCAUUGAGGGCCCAAAAUUUGUGAAUUUUGAAGAUGCACAAUGUGAGCCCCGCGAUUCAUAUUUCGAUAGGAGAAAGUCUGAUUGCCCAUCGCCGCAGAGGAAAGAGGAGAUGACAUUGCCAACACCUGAUGAAACUGUGGACAUUGUGAGCUCCUUCAAGUCUUGCUCUAUAUCAGCUAUCAUAGAAUCAAGUAUUGAAAUUGAAGAUGAAACACUAGUUGCAGACGAGACUGUCAAUGAGAACAGCCGUAUUGAGAUUGUUGAAGAGUGUUUCGGCACUGACACAUCCACAUCAGAUCGCAGAAUUUCUAUCGUGCAACCGUUUAGCUUCGAGCUUCGUGAAAAAGAAAAUCAACAAAGACGAGAGUCUCGGCGGGCAUAUUAUAAGAUGCUGACUGACAGGAUGUCUAAUCAUUCAUUCAAGGCUAAACCUGCGCCGAAAAUUCACCAAAAGUCUAUUGCUGCUGUCAAUAUCGGUGAUGAUGAUAUUAAACUUGAGAAUACGCCGAAAAUAAUUCGAGUUCCAAGAAAAAUAGACGUUAAUGCAAGCAAUCUUGAAGAAAUGAGCGAGAAACAGAAGACAUAUAAUAGAACGACAGUGAAUGCCUUAAAGUUUAAGAAACCUAUUGAAAAUAGGUCUCAACAGAAAGCUAAAAGUGCAACGGGUUUGACUCAAUCUCAACAGACAGUUCCAACCCGGUUGAAUGUACGAACAAUUCAGUCAAGAACGAAAAGUACAACGGCUUUGGCUCAGCCCCGACAGACACCUACCACUGCGUCCAAUCCCUUUGCAGUCCAGUCGAAAGCCAAAAUAGCAACUGCCCAUCAAUCUCCAAAUAAAACCAAAACCACAUCAAAUCCAUUUUCAUUUAAUUCAAAAGCUAAAAAUACUUUGCAAACUCAACAUACACAUAAUACUGCAACAAAUCCCUUCUCUCUCCUGGCUAAAGCAAAAAAUGCAGUAAAUCCAUUCCCAUGGCAGAAAUCAACUGCUGCAAAUAUUCAUGUCGUUAAAAAUGAAAAGUCGAAUGAACAAUCGGAGGAGGUGGAGGACAGAGGAAAAUCCUGCACAUCGUCAGCACAUUUUCUCCCGAUGAAGAAGCAAAAGCCAUUCCAAGUGGCCUUAUCUCGUCGUAAAAUUGAAAUCUCUAAAGGACCUGAAUUGAUGACCGCUAAACGAGCACUGGAACGUCAACAGUUUGAGGAAAAAAUGAAAGAGAGAGAGCGUCAGAAAGAGGAAAUUAAAAAACAGGAAGCAGCAGCUCAACAAGCUCGAGAGCGAGAAGAAUUUAUCCGUUUACGCAAACAGACUGUAUUUAAGGCAAGACCCGUUCCACAAUUUAAGAAUAUUUUACCUCCAGUACAAAAACGCCCACUAACCGAACCGACGAUGCCCAUCUUUACAAAACGCCGUCGCCUCACGACAAGAGAAUAAUAUCCAUCCCCAAAAACUCUAUAAAUUCAUAAGGAUUGAGCUAAUUUCCGUCAUGUCCGGAAAACAUCGGUAGUAACAGAUAGAGAGAAUUAUUGAAUCGUAAAGCCAUUUCGAUAUUUUGAUAUAGAUAGUAUUUUUUUAAAUUAUUAAUCUUCAUUUUAAGUGAUGUUAACUGACGAAACAGUUUUUUACUGUCAUCAAUUGAAAUGUUUAUUUAGUUUAUGUUUAUUUUUUGCAUUAUCAUAAGUAUGAAUUAUGUUGCGCUUGACGUUGUAAUUAACGUACUGUAAAUAAGAGAGGAGAGAAAUGUAUAAAUAUCAUUAAAAAGUGUCAUUAUUUAUGUAAUACAACAUGAAACACACAACAGUCAUUGGUAAUUCAGAAUUGAUUCUACUAUUCCUCCACAUUUUUAUGUAACCAAAAAUCGAAAAAAAGUGUGAAUAUAAAUGAAUGUUUCACAAUUCCUAUCAGUGUCAAUGAUAUUUUAUUCGAAAAAAUCCGGCAGCAGCACAAAUUACAGACAAUUUAAGUUAUAUAUUUCACCUAUAUGUAUAUAUAUUUAUUAUAUAUUUGACAAAAUCUUCAAAUAUAUUAUCAAAAACAAUGACGAUCACCUGGAGUUCUCUAAUAAUCUAAUAAUCUGGAAUUCAUCAAAAAAUUCUAUUAUUUUCCACUGGUUUUUACGUUUCUUCUCAGCGUACAAAAAUUCUCUCGAUUUUCGUUCUCAAAUGUAGAAGCUUCGACAAAAGACUAAAACAUGUGAAAAGAAAGGCUCCUAACUAAAAUUAAAUACUUUGACUAAUUAUGAUUAUUGAAGGUUCUCAAAAUUUUUCCCCGGAAAUCAAAGAAAUUUAAAAUAUUCAUGUUUGUCGCUUGGUUAGUUUUAGACUGUGCUUUAAUACCUGCGACACCUCUACAUAGGGUUUCUUAUUUGUAUAUAAAUUUCAUCGAACAUCAUGUAUUAUUAAAUUACCCCUUGUGGACGCUAUGUUUAAUAUUAUCCGACAUUGCCAUGUACUCAAUAGUGUCACAAAGUUAUCAUCGUUUUUGACUAAAAAUAUUUAUCUGAUUUAAGGGCCGGAUGGAGUAUCUCGGAAAGAUAAUUUACUCCAAAAUUGGGAUUCCU